AGAUUUAUUCAGAGUCUGUGGUGGUGAUCAGAUUCAUCAGUGGAGAUCAGACUGAUGUGACUGAAUGAUUCAUGGCUGAUUCACAAACAUUUAGAUAUGGAGAUGAUUCUUCAAGAGUCAGUUAUUAUCAAUUCAGAUCAAAUCUAAAAAACAAGUUUGAGCGUUUGUGUGAGGGAACAUCAAGUGAGAGAAACCCAACACUACUGAAUGAGAUCUACACAGAGCUCUACAUCACAGAGAGUGAAAGUGGAGAGAUCAGUAAUGAACAUGAGGUGAGACAGAUUGAGACACAAUCCAGAAGAACAACAACAGAGGAGACACCAAUCAAAUGUAAUGACAUCUUUAAACCUUUACCUGAACAAGACAAACACAUCAGAAGUGUGCUGACAAAGGGAGUCGCUGGCAUUGGAAAAACAGUCUCUGUACAGAAGUUCAUUCUGGACUGGGCUGAAGAGAAAGAGAAUCAGGACGUCCACCUCAUAUUUCCACUUCCUUUCAGAGAGAUCAAUUUGAUGAAGAACAAAACACUCAGUCUUUUAGAUCUUCUUCAUCUUUUCUUCCCACAGACAAAAGAAAUGGAAAUCUUCAGUGAUGAAUAUAAAGUGUUGUUCAUCUUUGAUGGUUUGGAUGAGUGUCGUCUGUCUCUGGAUUUUAAAAGCAAAGUGAAGUUUUGUGAUGAAAGUGAAUCAACCUCAGUGGACGUGAUGCUGACAAACCUCAUCAAGGGGAAUCUGUUUCCCUCUGCUCUCAUCUGGAUCACCUCCAGACCAGCAGCAGCUGAUCUCAUCCCCUCUGAGUGUGUUGAUCGAGUCACAGAGGUACGAGGCUUCACUGAUCCACAGAAGGAGGAAUACUUCAGGAAGAGAAUCAGUGAUGAGAGUCUGGCCAGCAGAAUCAUCUCACACCUGAAGUCAUCCAGGAGUCUCUACAUCAUGUGUCACAUCCCAGUCUUCUGCUGGAUUUCAGUCACUGUUCUAGAGAGAAUGUUGAGUGAAGCAGAGAGAAAAGAGAUCCCCAAGACUCUCACUCAAAUGUACACACACUUCCUGAUCAUUCAGACAAACAUCAAACAUCAGAAGGACUAUGAGAAGAAAGAUGAAGACAUGAUCUUCAAACUGGGGAAACUGGCUUUUGAGCAGCUUGUGAAAGGCAAUCUGAUCUUCUAUGAUGAAGACCUGAGAGAGUGUGGCAUUGAUGUAGCAGAAGCAUCAGUGUACUCAGGAUUGUGUACUCAGAUCUUCAGAAAGGAGUUUGGUUUGUAUCAGGGGAAAGUUUACUGCUUUGUUCAUCUCAGCAUCCAGGAACAUCUAGCAGCUCUUUAUGCUCACAUCUCCAUCACAAACAACAACAGAAAUGUUUUUGAUCAAAGUCCUAAAGCAGGUCGGUUUUCUAACAUUUUGGGCAGAUUUAAACAUAAAUCAUCAGAACAGUUUUUUUUAUCUGAGUUACAUCAUCGAGCUGUAGAUGAAUCUUUAGAGAGUAAGAAUGGACAUCUGGAUCUUUUCCUGCGUUUUCUUCUGGGUCUUUCACUGGAGUCCAAUCAGAUUCUCUUACAGGAUCUACUGACACAGAUGAGAAGUCGCAACUACAUGAAAGAGGAAACUGUUAAGUACAUUAAAGAGAAGAUGAAUAAGAAUCUGUCUACAGAGAAAUCCAUCAAUCUGAUUCACUGUCUGAAUGAAAUGGGUGAUGAUUCACUGCUGCAGGAGAUUCAAGAUUAUGUGAGAUUUUCAUCAGUAGGUUGGACCAAACUCUCCUCUUCACAGUGGGCAGCUUUAGUUUUUGUGUUGUUGAUGUCUGAGCAGCAUUUAUAUUCACUUCAUCUAAAACCAUUUAUUGGACAUGAAAAUACAGCAGAUGAAGUUCUUGUGAGACUGCAGCUUGUGAUUAAAGAAACCAAAAAACUCCAGUAAGUAAAACUAACAACAAUCACAUGACUGUUUACAUAUUAAAGCAACACUAUGUAGUUUUCCAUGUAAGAUUGGCUUACGGCUCCCCCAUGAGGUUGAAAAGUGCAACAGUACCUGGUAUCAGACACUCUUCUGCA